UCAGGCAGGCGGACAAAGGUUUCAGGUCUCUCAUCCUCGACUGUUGCAAAAACCAGGCAGGAUGGAGAUGAUUAAACCAGAAGUCAAAAAGAAACCCAAGCCGCCAAAACCUCUCCCAAAACCCUCUGAGGUAAAAAGAAGUGAACAAGAGAAACUGGAGAAACCAACUCCUCUGGUGCCGCCACGACCAACGGACUCUGAGCUGAGUUACACACAGUACAGACAGAAAAAAGCAGCAUGGGCAAAUAAUGAGACAAAUGGAAACCCGAUACCAAGGGAGAGAAAAGAGAAACCACCUGCAACACCUGUGGUUCCACCCAGACCCACGGAAAAGGAACUGAAUGCCUCGACCCCAUACAGCCAUCGCAGGAAGGAUCAAGCUGAGGACAAGCAGGGCUCUAAAGAAAAUGACAAAGCAGAGGUUCCCAGAGAUGAACCAGAUUUCAAACAGAAAAAUCCAUCUGCCUUUUCUGGGAUGUUUAAGAGAAGCCAAAAAGAGAAACCGCCUUCAUUCACUAGCUAUGUGAUCCACGACUUAGAUAAAAAGGAAAAAAUGGAUGAACCACCGGCCAAAGAGGCUCCUGCUAGCAAACAGGGGGGUCUGAAGGAGAUAAUGAAAGGUUUGCAAAUCAAGUCGACUCCUAGUCCCAAGACCAGCAGAGAGCCGAGUCCUGACCAAAGCACAGAGGAAGCCAGCUCAGAAAAGGAACAACCAGAAAAGAACAAACAGGAAAAGAAUGCAGAACCAAAACAGGAUAUCGGAGCGCUCUUCACUGGAAUGUUUAAGAAGACUCCCAAAGAGAGACCUAUUUCUCCUGCUCUGACAGUCAGCAAAGCAGACAGUGAUGCUGAAGAUGCAGAGGAAGCAGAGGAGAAAAGCUCUGAACAAUCCAACGAAAAAGGGAACUUUUUCUCUGGCAUCCUUAAAAAAACAAAUAAAACAACAGACGAUAAAGAGAACCUUAAAGCCCAAAGUGAGCUGUCUGCCAGCAGUGACAGUCUGUCUGAAAACAAGGAAAAAGGAGGAAUUUUCAGUGGGAUGUUCAAGAAAUCCCCAAAACCAACAGAAGCUGCUCAAAGUGAAGAGGAUCGAAAAUCUCUGAAUGAUGACCUUUCAGGCAGUAAUGAUAAUCUCUCUGAAAAUUCAAAGGAAAAAGGAGGAUUUUUCAAUGGGAUCCUACGGAAAUCUCCCAAGAUGCCUGCGGAGGAAACAACUGAGCAGGAUAAACAGCCGCUGCAAAAGGACCCAGGAGAAAGUAAUGAGUCUGAGAACAACAAGACUAAACCAGAGAAAGGCAACGUUUUCAGUGGCAUGUUCAAGAAAUCUCCCAAACCAUCAGAGGGGCCUCGACUAGAGGAGGGUGCAGUGGCUUUACACAAUGAGCUCUCUGCCAGCACUGACAGCCUGUCAGAGAACAAGGAGAAGGGCAGUUUGUUCAGCGGGCUCCUCAAAAAGACACCAAAAACAACUGGAGAGGACAAUCUCUCUACACAGAAAGAUCUUUCAGCCAGCAACGACAGCCUGUCUGAGCCUGCCAACACGAAGGAAAAAGGAAAUGCAUUUAGUGGAUUAUUCAAGAAGUCUAAACCUGCUGACAGUGUUCCUACAGACGAAGAAAAGCAGCUUAAAGACUCAGAGCUCUCAGGCAGCAGUGAAGCUCUGUCUGAAAACAGCAAUAAGGAAAAAGGAAUAUUUGAUGGGAUAUUUAAGAAGGCUCCAAAACCUGCAAAAGCUGCCAAGUCCGAUGAGGAUGAUUCUUCUGAUAAGGAGCUCUCAGCUAGCAAUGAGAAUUUAUCUGAAAACAAGCAGGAGAAAGGGGGAGGAUUGUUCAGUGGACUCCUCAAAAAGACCCCCAAAGCAUCUGGAGAGAAGACAGAGUCACCGGAGGAAGAAGCUCAGAAAGAGUUGUCAGCCAGCAAUGACGACCUGUCAGAGAAUAACACCAACAAGGAGAAAAAUAUUUUCAGCAACAUGUUUAAGAAGCCACAGAAACCAGCAGAGGGCGCUACAACAGACAAGGAUCUGGAGGGGAAAAGUGAGAAGCAGUUAUCUGGAAGCAGUGAGAAUCUGUCUGACGCUGCCGUCCCCAAGGAGAAAAAAGGAGGCUUGGGUGGCAUCUUCAAAAGAUCAGCCAGCAUUGACAACCUGUUUGAUGAGGAGAAAGGUGGGCUGUUCAGCGGACUUCGCAAGAAAACACCCAAAGCAUCUGGAGAUGAUGCAGCUGCUGAGGACGAACAAAAGGAGCUGACUGCAAGUAAUGACAGUCUGUCUGAAACUGGUAACACCAAGGAGAAAAGUAUCUUCAGUGGCAUAUUUAAGAAAGCUCCUAAAACAGCAGAUGGCAAUACAACAGAUGAGGAGUUAGACACAGGAGAGGACACAAAGCUAUCUGCCAGUUGUGAAAAUCUGUUAGAAGCAUCCACAGCAAAGGAGAAGACUGGAGGACUGGCAGGGAUCUUCAAAAAAUCUCCCAAACCAGCUCCACGCUCAAUUGCAACCAAGGAUCCUCUCAGCAGCACAAAGGAGCUGUCUGCCAGCUGUGACAGCCUCACUGAAGCUGGAGAGGAUAAUCUUGGUGAAUUUUCAGCCAGUACUGAAAAUCUUGAAACUACAGGCACCACAAAGGAGCGAAAGGGAGGUUUUGCUGGGAUGUUCAAGAGGAAUAAAACACUCGAACAUCAGGAGAGUGAAGACAUGGAGGCACCAGAAGGAGGCGGACUGAGACGAAGGAGAACCAUCAAGAAAAAGAGACGAGUUGUGUCAUUCAGAGUCAAGAGAACCUCCAAAGUAGCAGAGAGUUCAGAAAAGAUGCCAAUUAUCGAAGAGACAGUGGAGAUGCAGGACCUGAGCAACCCAGCACAGGAGGACUCGGUAGAAGUACAGCCUGUGGAGAUGGCAGCUUACCCCACUGAAGCCAACCCUCUCUUGGAGGCUCAGGAGGAGCAAGAUGAACUGAUGGAGUGGUGGAACACCGUCAAAAGUUGGGCAGAGUGGAACGAAACAUCCAAUUUCCCAGAGGAUGAGGAAGCGGCCAUGGAGCAGGCAGCUGAUCGUGUCUACAUGGCCGCCCGUCUGUUUGUACGUCUUUUCAACCAGCGGGGGGCGUCCUUACAGCAUCGCAUCCUGGAGCUUUUGGCUCUGGCUGACGCCGCGGAUCAAUUCCACAAGAAAACCGUGUCAGUCGCUGUAGGUGGAGGGGUGGCUAGUGUCGCUGGCAGCGUGGCUACUAUCACAGGGCUCAUUCUCGCUCCGUUCACUUUUGGAGCCUCUAUUAUUGUCACAGCGGUGGGAAUCGGGGUAGCUACAGCAGGCAGCAUCACUUCAGCCACAGCCAACAUCACAGACACCGUUCACUCCAACAUGGACCGCAAGAAGCUGGAGAAGAUGAUCCAGGGCUACCAGCAGGAAAUCAAAGACAUCAGAGAGGUCAUGGAGUUUGUGCAGGCUGGUAUGGACACCCUGCAGGAGUGGGACUUUGAGAAAUACUCAGAGAGCGCUGCCAAAAAAGCUCUGAACCACAACCUGAAGCAUGUGAUGAAGGAGGGUGGCCGUGCAGGAAAAGCUCUGAUGAUCAACACUGAUAAACUCAUCAGCACGGUGCAGGUUUUAGGUGCUGCAGGAGGUGCUGCUAAAGCCGCCCAGGCCAUUAGUGUCACCACAGGUGUUAUGUCUGCUCUCUUCCUGGCUCUGGAUGUUUUCUUCCUCGCCAAAGACUCCCACGAGCUCCGCAAAGGAGCCAAAACUAAGUUUGCCAGGAAGAUCAGAGACGUGUGUACAGAGCUUCAGGAUGGUCUACUGGAGCUGAACAAAGUGAAGACGCAGCUGCAGAAGACGAUGGACGGCAUUGAGGUGGAGGAGUACGAGGAGAUCGAGGAGGUAGAGGUGGAAGUAGAAGAUGAAUUUGAAUCGGAUCCAAAGAAGCUGGCUGAGUUGGAGCAAGAGUUGGACCUCAUGGAGGAGAAACUUGAUAAGAAGAUUGAGGAGGAGCAGAAGCGGAAGAAGGAGGAGGAGGAGAAGAAGAGGAAGGAGAUGGAGGAAGAGCAGAAGAAGAAGAAGGAAAUGGAGGAGGAAAAUCUGAGGAGAGAGAGGGAGGAGGAUGAGAAGAAGAACCUGAAGGAAAAAGAGCUGAUGGAAAAGGAUGAAGAGGUAGAGCUGGGGAAAAUUUCUGACAAGGAAAAAGAGCAGACAGAUGAGGAUGCUAAAGAGGAAACUCCAAAAGAAUCUCAGAAAGUUAAGAAGAAAGAAAAAGAGACUGAAAACUGGCUCACAGCAGCCAAAGAAAAAUUUGAUUUUAAGCGAGACAAGACCAAAGACAACAAGGAGAAAGAGAAAAAUAAAACUGUAAAGGAACAGGAGGAGACUAAGAGCAGAUCUGGUGAAUCAAAAAAAGAGGAUCGGGUCGAGAAAGUGAAAACUGAGAAGGUGAAAGCAGAAAGGGAGAGUGAGAAGAGCAAGAGCAUCAAAGAGGAGGGAAAAGAGAAGGAGCCUGAAUCCAAAUCUGUGACUAAAGAGAGAGAGGCCAAAGAAGGGAGUAUGACGAGGAGGCACAGUAGCAAGAGCGACAAAGACAAACCCCACUGGAGAGAAAGAGGGAGCAAACUGGAAGUAAAAGAAUCAGAUGGCAGCAGCAGUGGACACGGCAAACAAAGCAACCGGACGGAGAGCUGGGGGAGGACAGACGAGGAGAGAGGAGUCAAGGACUGGAGAGCAGAGAUGACAAAAAGCAGAGAGGAGAAGAGGGAAAGCAAGGAAGGAAAAGAAUUGAGAAGAGAGGAUGAAGCAAGAAGUGAUGUGAGGAGAGGGUCACAUCGGAGCCACGAGUCAGGGUCAUCGAGGAGGGAGCACUUGGAGAGAGAGUGGGAGAGCAGGUCUGACUCAAAGAGGAGUCACCACAGGAGAGGAUCGGAUGACCAGAGGGAGAGAGGAGAUGAGAAGAGAGGGAGCAGGAUUGACAGUGCAAGGAGGAAGUUUGAGAGAGCAGAGGGGGAGAGAGGGGAGGAGGAGAGGGAGGAGGAGAGGGUGAAGAGGAGGGAGGACAGGGAGAGGAGAGGGAGUGACAGAGACAGGGAGCACAGACACAGCCACCGAGGAUCCAGAUCAAGAGCCAACGCAGUACUGACGGAUGACGGACUGUAUAUUUAG